AGCUGCUUGGCUUAUGGCGCGGAGGGUGGGGCGAAGAAAGGGUAAAACAAGAAGUCAUGCUCCCGCAAGGGCCUCCGCUCUCACCCAGCUUGUCGCCCAAGAAGCGCGGUUUGUUCAGUGAUGGUGACCAGGACCCUUCUGCAAAGCAGGUUCGGAUGUGCAAUCCCGAAUUCCUUGAAGCGUUCCGGAAGUUCGAGUCCGGGAAAGGCUUUAUUGAUAUAGCAGCGCUGGCAAGUGCUUUGGAGUUCGUAAAGCUCGGCAUCGAGGCAGGGACGCAGCACAGCCUCUUGCACAGACCUUUCCAGGCCUCCACCUGCUGCUGGCUGCUUGCUCGGUUCGGCAGCCACAACAGGUUAGCUUUGCAAGAAUGGUGCGAGCUUAUGGACUACUUGUCAAACUUGAAGACAAUUUUUCUUGAGGUCGACAGUAACAGAAGUGGCGCAGUCGAGUUUGCUGAACUUCACCAUGCGUUUCAAUUGUUUGGGGUGAACCUUGACCCUGCCAUGAUAGCGGAGGUGGGCGGCAGCUACGACACGGACAAGGAUGGAACUCUGGAGUUUGAUGAGUUCGUACAGAUGCGACUUGAAUGGGACUAUUACAUUGCCGCUUGGGAUGUAAAAACUCAAGGCGCAGAUAGAAUUGCUCCGCAGCAGCUUCUGCAAGUGCUUGAAGAAAUCAAACAAUCCCUGGAACCUCUCGGUGCUAUUUUGGGAGCGCACAGCGGGACGGCGACGGCUAUCAAUGGCGUCGUGUUUUCAUCCAUGUUUGGUGUCCACAGACCCUUUCACAUCAGCACGUGUGAGCGGUUGAUCAUUCGCUUUGGCCAGGGUAGUCUUUACUUGACAUUUGAACAGUUCUGUAGCAUGAUGAUCUUCCUAAAGGAAAUGAAGGCCGCGUUCAGCAGCCUGGACAGCAAGGGGUGUGGCUCGCUGGACCUGCCAGAGCUCUGUACAGCUUUUUGGCGUGCUGGAAUCAAUUUUCCUGAAGGAUUGAUUCUGCAAAUAGGCAAGACAUUUGACCGAGACAACUCGGGUGGCAUCGAGUUUGACGAAUUCAUACAGAUGACAGCUGAGUGGCACGAAAUGUGGAAACUGCAAGAAUGCUUUAGCCCCAACAUCACUGCAGAUGAGCUGCAGCGCCUCAUGGGUAGCGUUCGUGUCAUUUAUGAGGUCAUUGACGAAUGUGUGCAGACACUACGGCCAUUCAGCAUAAAUACGUGCCGUUGGCUUAUUGCAAAAUUUGGAACCUGCCAGGUUGGUGAACGAUUUGCGCAACGCUUGUCCUUCCUAGAGUUCCUGCAGCUAGUGCAAUUCCUCAAGGAGUGCUACGUCACGUUUACCAGCUUUGACUCAAAUAGGGUGGGCAGUUUGAGCGCAGAUCAUUUGGGUGGAGUUUUGGCAGCCUUUGGGCUUUCACUCAGCCCCGAGGCUGUUGACAACAUUCGGCUGAGCUACGACGUGGACCGCUCCAAUCGUUUAUGCUUUGACGAGUUUCUUCAGAUGUUCUUAGAGGUGCAGCUGUAUGACCAGUGCUUCAGCAGCCGUGAACAAAAUCCUGCGAUUCUCACGCCGUUCAACGCAAUGAGGCCAGUCCUUGGACAGUCCUUUGGAACUGCAGGAAGCAACUCUGGAUUGGUUGUGCUGGACCGCUCAGCGUUCUUUGCCUUGGCCACCUGUGCUCAGUUUGGAAUUGGCUAUCGGCGCCAGUUAUAUACUCAGUUCUCCGAGUGUUUUGGAUCACCGCCCCAGAGGUCCCAGAGGCCUGAUUACAACAAGAAUGCGGUUUCAAUCUUUGGGGCGGGGGGUAUAGUACACAGUUUGCUUCCCGGUGCCCAAAAUUUGGAAUUCCACGCUGGAAACUUGGAACCCUGAGGAACAAAGCAAUCGUGAAAACCUGGGUCCUGUCACCAUGGACCCUGGGUGCUGCGCCGUGGAACCCUCAAACCUUGGAACCCCGGUGUGCUUCGAAUGCCGCCUUGGAAUCUGCACAUGUUACGCGCAGCAAGGUCACAGGCAGUUACC